AUGGACCCACCCUCUAUCUCCAACGCUCAAUCUUCAAGCUCUAGUGUACUUUCCUCUCAACCUUUACCUAACUCCAAGGGUGGAAUCAAUGACAUCACCUUGAGAUCCGGCACUACAUUGCAAGAGAGGAGUCCCAUGGAGCUAAGCUCAAGAGAAGACAUUCAAGACGAAGAGGUUGUUGAGGUAGAAGAUGUGGAAGACGAGGAUGAGGUACAAGAGACGGUUGAAGAAGAAGUUGCUCAACCAAGGGAUGGAGUAUCUAAGGAAGACAAUGUUUUGAAAGACGCCAUUCCCAUUCCUUUUCCACACCUUCCUAGGAGGACUAAAAGGCAAGUAGAGCUAGAUCCUAACAUGGUAGAUAUCUUCAAAAAGGUUGAGGUAACUAUUCCCCUUUUUUAUGCUAUUCAACAAGUUCCUAAAUAUGCUAAGUUUCUAAAGAAUUUGUGCAUGAAUAAAGAGAAGAUUCAUGAUUUAGAAACUAUUCCUUUGGGUAGCUCGAUUUCUAAUUUGAUGGGUGCUAUACCGGAGAAAUGUGGUACUCCCGGUCCGUGUAUGGUUAUAUGCACUAUAGGUGGUGUGCAGUUUGUUGAUUGCAUGUGUGACUUAGGUGCAUGUGUCAGUAUUAUGCCAUUAUCUAUUUAUGAUACUUUGAAGCUUCCACCAUUGAAAAGGUCAGCAGCCCGAUUUAUUUCGGCAAAUAAGAGCAUAAUCUCUGUAGUUGGCAUUGCGGAAGAUGUCUUGAGAUGCCCCCUAAUGACUCAGGAAGACCAUCAUCUAUCUUUUGCAAGGCCAUUUUUGAAGACUUCUCGGUUUAAAUUGGAUGCCUUCUCGGGUACAUAUUCCCUUGAGAUAGAUGGAAGAGCAGUGAGUUUCAACCUUGAUGAAGCUAUGAAGCAUCCACCGAAAAACUACUCUAUCUUCCGGUGUCAUAUUAUUAAUGAGACUGUGGCUGAAGUUCACCAAGAGGCAGUUGAUGAGAAGAACGUUGUUCAAGGUUCAAGUGUGGAGAAACCCUCUGAGUAA